AGACGCUUUCUCUCUCGCACAUCAGCUAUUUCCAAAGGCCAAGAAGGAGAUUAUUUGGGUUCUCACGAGUAUUUCUUGAGGUUCAUGGUACAGAAGAAGGCUCAGUCUAUCACCAGGGAUAUUAAAGUACCACUAGGGCCGUUAAGCUAUCCCUGGAAACGCCCAAAACUACAAGGUGUGGUGGAUCGCGCGUCACUUGUUCUUCGCUCCAAAACAUUCCCUCGUCUAUACUCCCCGUGCCUGGGCUGACGAAACCGUGCGGCGGCCAGCGUGCUGAGGCUUGAAGGGCGGCGCCAUGGCUGAGGAGGAGUGUAUCUUUGACCCUAACCUUAAGAAAAAGAAAAAGAAGAAGACAGGGUUCAACUUGGAUGCAGCAUUAGCAGAAGGCAGUGGAGCUCCCCCCCCAGAGUCAGCACCAACACCAGAAAAUGGAGAGGUGCAGGAAGCCAAAGAGAGCACCCCAGAGAUGGACGACAUGGAGGUGUUUGGUAAAAAGAAGGGAAAAAAAAAGAAGAAGCCCUUCAGCAUGGAUGACAUGAGUGAGGCAUUGCCAGAGAGCAAGGACAAUGGAGUGGCUGUUGGAGAGGAUCGGGAGCCCCCGGCCGUCCAGCCUGCUGAGGUGGACGACUUUGACCUUGACAUGGAUUUCACCAAGGCCAAGAAAAAGAAGACCAAAAAGAAGAAGGUGGUUCUUAAUGACCUUAUAGCCAAGGAAGAUAUGGUAGCAGAUGCUGAUGACGCAGAAUUGGAUUUGGCAACUGAUGGGAGUCGUGAGCCAGGCCUGGUUAAUAAAGAGGAGGACACAAUAUUGUCUGAGGAAGUUCGAGAAUCUGGCGAUGGCUGGGUGGGCAGCGAGCGGGACUACACAUAUGAUGAGCUGCUGGAGCGAGCCUUCAACCAGCUACGGGAAAAGAACCCAGAGAUGGCUACAGGUGAAAAGAAGAAGUUCAUCAUGAAGCCCCCUCAGGUUGUCAGAAUUGGUUCGAAAAAGACUGCAUUCGCCAACUUUGCCGAGAUCUGUCGCCUUCUUCACAGAAUGCCCAAACAUGUACUUCAGUUUCUUCUUGCAGAAUUGGGUACCUCUGGUAGCAUUGACGGUAGUAAUCAAUUGAUCAUUAAAGGCCGAUUCCAACAAAAGCAGAUUGAAAACGUUCUCAGGAGAUACAUUAAGGAAUACGUUACCUGCCACACCUGCCGAUCCCCGGAUACAAUCCUGCAGAAGGAUGCUCGUUUGUACUUCCUCCAGUGUGAGCAGUGCAAUUCUCGAUGUUCUGUCGCUCCUAUCAAAUCUGGUUUCCAGGCUGUGGCCAACAAGCAACAGAGACAAGCCAUCAGGGCAAGCAAGAAUUAGGUAUCAUCUUACUUCUAGGUAUAAUUUUUUUAUAAAUACUUAUCAUAUCCUUUUCAACACUCAUUGUAUUGUGCAUUAGGAAAACAAAUAACAUGUGUAUCUCGACCAGAUAACAGUAUUAACAACCCUUUUCAUGUUAAUUUGUAAUUAUGCUUUUUACAUAAGCAUUGGAGAGCCCCAUAAUGCAUUAUCCGAAAAAACAGUUAGUGUAUUAUAAUAUAAAUUUUUAUAAGAUGCCUUCAGCCACCAUGUAGGGGCUCUCUUUCCCCAUAUAUUGUGUGGUUAUCUUCAAUUUUCUCACAGCUAAUCUUUCCUUGAUGUUCCAAUUAGGAGGGUUGUUAUUUAAAAAAAGCCAUGUCCCUUUAGGUUUAUUUACAUCACCUGUUACUAAAGUAGGCUUACAUGUAUACAUGUUUUGAAUGUUGGUUUUGUCUAUUAUGGAAUUGGUUUUAGAUUGCUGUUGUUGGUUUUAACAUCAUAUUUUUGUCAGCCAUUAGGGAGAACUUGAUACUAGAUAGAUAGGCUCUGUACAAUAUAUGGUUAAACUGGUCAUACAGGUAAUAUUACAUUAUGUUGUAUGACAUUUAUAAUGUUUAGCUCUAUCAUGGCUGUAUUAAAGAUUGCAUCACUUUAAAUGGAAAAUUAGCAAAUGCAUUAUCUUAGUCGUGCACUUGAAAAUAUUUAUUGCUUUGUUAACUUGAGGCAGCCUCAUUACCCUGCAGCCACACCUCACAGCGAGCGUGUGCGUGUCCAGCGAUGCCGCACACCGGUCGGUUACAUAUACAGGAGUCAGGAUGGGAGGAUUUUCCAUCUUGUACCUAGUUGUUUAUUAAAAUCACAAAUAAAUUCUACAAAGAG